CUGGUCGGUAUAUGCGUUGUUUACGAUAUAACCUCAUUGACAUCAUACACGUGAGUGUAGCGGCUGCCCAGGCGGUUCUAAGUUCACAUUACAGGGGGGGUUCUGUAUCGCUUAUCGAGACCCGCAGUGGGUCUACCAGCCCCAUAAAUGCAGGAACCCGCUGAACGAUCUCCGAUGGAUCCAUCCAUCAAUUGUUCAAUCAUUCCAUCCAUUACUCAAACUGAAUCUUAAAGCAUUGAACAAUACGUUCUACCUGAUGCGCCAAUCCCAUGUAGUAUCCCGUCAUUAUGGAUCGAGUAUUCUGCAGCUGUACGGGAUGCGAUCACCUUCUAGGCGAAUUCGUCAAUUUGUGGAUCAAGAUUGGGAAAAGCUACAUCAGUCCAGUUAUUGACAAUGACGAUAAUUUGAACAUUGCGCCUACGGGUGUACCGCGACUUGGUGAGGAGAAUACGUUGAUAGAUAAUUGUCAAUUGCAAGAUGUAGCAUGUGUCAAUUGCCGUGCUAGAGUUGGACUUAGAUGUCUCGAUACACCUGUCAAUCAUGUUCUGCACCAAGGACAACUAUUCUUACGAUAUUCGUCAAUUAAAACGACUGCAUCAGACGGUAGUAACAUUGAAAUUACUAUUCAGAGGACUCUCAAGCUUAGAGAAGCUUCGCAUAGCGGAUUCACUACUGCUGGCGCAGACUCGGCCACUGCAGGCGGUGCUCAUAUGUUCAUGAAUGGCGAUGGCCCUUCCGAAAUACAAAGCCAGAUCCUUGACCAUCUACAAGCUCAAUUGGAUUCCCAGAGGGAUGAAGUCCAACAAUUGAAUCGCGCUGGUUACCAAAUGGCCUCUUCAUUUGACAAUGCUGUUCUUCGUAUUGAAGGUGAAGCCAAGAAGUUGCGGGACAGUAUGGCAAAAUUGCAAGAUCGUUUAAAAGAUUAUCAAUCAAAGUCUGUUAAUGUGGAAAACAGCGUUUCUUCACUCAAGACCGAACUUAGCCAGGUAAAGAAGAUAUCACAAGAUCGCUCAGUUUAUGUCGGUCUUGAACGGGAGCUUGCUUCUGCGAAGCAGACAAUCGCGGAUGUGAGGCAAUCUUUAAGCGGUGAUCUUAAGAAGGUGACCAAAGAGCAACAACAAAAACAUGAAACCCUCGCAUCAGAACUAAAUCGUGCGCAACGCGAUAUGGAACUCAUGCGAGAAGAACUACGCGGGACCAAAGAAAUUGCAAAGCAAAAUAACACCACUACGAAAUCUUACACGAAGGAAGUAGCCUCACUAAGAACUGAGCUGAAAGAACUUCGAGAACAACUAGCUCAAGAACGAUCACGCAAACAACCGAAUAAUACCAUAUUUCCAACAGAAGAGAUCGAGAUUCUCACAACUAGUAUCACGAAGAUUGGCCAGAGAGCAAGUCAAGUUGAAACCCUCCAAAUGGAAUUAGAGUUGCUUAAAGGACGGAUUCAGAGAAUGGAAAAGGCGCAAACGGCCGACCAGGAUGUUACAGAAGAGAGAAUCCAACAUAAAAACCCUGCGCAUUCUCUCACCGAGUCAUCUGGGCGGAAAAGAAAGCGUAGUCCUCAGUCGAAGGACACACCGUUAGCUACUCCAUCAACUAAGAGAUCGACGCGAGCAACAUGGUCUAGCGUUUCGGUCAAGAAUCAGGGUCACAUUUCUAUGAAUUCGUCAUCAUCUAUUACCGCCCAGGUAUCAGAUGACAAGCUAUCUGACUCACCACGACUUACUAAGUCGGGCACAAUUGACAAGAGGGCGUUGAAAAAAGGUCUAAGGCAGACAGUAGUACAAAAUUCAUCGUCGAAUGGCUGAAUGUAAAAACAUUCUUGGUCA